AUCAUUCAUCUAUCAUUCAUCUAUCAUUCAUCUAUCAUUCAUCUAUCAUUCAUCUAUCAUUCAUCUAUCAUUCAUCUUAUGAUAACACUCCACCAAAUUAGUCCAGACGAGUGGCCUCUCUGGCGCGAGCUCCGCCUGUCAGCUCUAACAGACUCGCCUGCAUCUUUCAGCUCGAAGCUGGCCGACUGGAUCUCUGCCCCGGAACAGCAAUGGCGAGAGCGACUGAGCAGGGAGGGCGUGUAUGCCGCUAUUGCAUUCUCCAACGAAAGGCCUGUAGGGAUGGUGGGGGGGUUGCCACCAAAGCCUGCUGCUGCUGCUGGCAUCCCUGCCGAGCUUGUUUCAUUGUGGGUGGAACCAAAGGCACGCGGGACAGGAAUCGGGGAUCUCUUGAUUCAAGGGGUGGAAGCAUGGACGCGUCAAUCAGGGGGGACCCGAUUGCAGUUGUCGGUGGUCAAGGGGAAUAUGGCUGCGUAUAAGCUGUAUAGGAGGAAUGGCUUUGAGGUUGCUAAUGAUGAGAGGGAUGAUGAGAGGGAUGAAAAUAGGAUGGUGAAAGUUCUAAUUUAAUUACUCAUCUAUCCUAUAUAAAGCUCAUCCCUGCUUAAGUGAAGGUCAUUAUGGUGACACAAGGCGUGAUAUGGCGUGCAGGGAAAGAUGAAGAGAAUAGGAGAAGAAGAGAAGAAGAGAAGAGAAUAAGAGAAAGAGAAAGAGAAUAGAAUAAAGGAAAGAGAAUAGAAUAAAGGAAAGAGAAUAGAAUAAAGGA